UUUUGAUCGAAGGCACUCCUAACGUCAGUUAGUAAUGUAAACAGCAGUAGUCGCAGCAGUUGCAGGUGACCCGAGACGUAACCACAGACAACACAGAGACGAGUGUCACUAGGUGCAGAUACCGGCAUGAUUUCAACUGGCACAAGUUCCUGGAAACAGCCAAGUGAAAAUACGUUCCACCAUCUUGUUCAUUAGCUAGUUACACACGGACCCGGUUUCUCAAGACGACGUGAUCUGUCAGUCUUUCCAAACACCAUCUGCCAAAUAACCACCACGUCCGAUGUUGACAGAAAGCAGGAAGCGCAGGCGAAGCAGUGACAGUGAAGGCGGUCAAGUCCUCCCCCAGGCGAAGAGGCCUGGCGGGGGCAACGCCCUUCUGCCCGACCUGGGGCGUGACGCCUGGGACUCAGAGUCGUCCAGCAGCGACAGCAGCGGCAUCAGCAGCCCAGAGCGUCUGGCAGGAGCCAGUGGCGGCAGCAGCAGCAGCAGCAGUAGUCUCGGCAGCAUGAAGGCCUUCGGCGCGGACGGCAGCGGCCGAGGGAACUACAUUACCCAGGCUCCCUGCAGCCCGGCGACCUCCUCGAACCCGGGCGACGAGCCGCUGCACGCCAUGAGCUACCACGACAUCAACCGCGUCCUGCGGGAGGCCCACUUCGCCAGCCUGAGGACCAGGAGCCACCCGGGCGCCACAUGACUGCCCGCCGCCGCUGCCCCCCUCCGCCUGCCCACCCAACCCCCACGCCAGUCAACCCCUCAUGGGCAUUAAACAGCAGCCAGGCCCCCUCUGAGGACCGACUGGAGGGACAUCAUGGGUACUUUUCCACCUCUGCCCGACCACCAUCACCCCCUAGCACGUCCACCUCCACCUCCACAUCCACCCUGUCCCACUCCAUGCACACACCAUGUUAAGUGUGGUUGUGUGUGUGUGUGAGAGAGUGAAAGAGUUAGUGUGAGUGAACUACCUUUCUGUGGCUUGACUACUUUGCCCCCCCCCCCCCCCCCCCCCCCCCCCAAUCUCCCCACUCUUCCUAUAAUUUUUUUUAACAUGUCCAUAUGUGAGGGGGGGGGGGGGGGGGUUGACCUUUUUUGUGUGUUGGAUAUUGUAUCCACUUGGGUGCUACAUAAAAGAAAAAGAAAAAUGAGAAUGACGCUUGCAAUAAUAAGUCUACAUGUUUAUUUCAGCAGUUUUCUUGCCCAGGCUAGUAAACUCAAUGCAAUGGAAAAUCUUGAAGUGAACUGGUAGAACUGGUAUUGACAUUAGACACGAUUAACUUCUUUUGUCAGUGGGUCUGCAGCUUGCCAUAAGGUAACUAUUACACAGAUGAGGAGAGUUUCAGAAAUGUUUGGGCAAUAUCAACAUGGAGUACACACAGGUAAGGAGAAUUUUGGAAUUGUUUGACAAGAUCAACAUAGGAAUUGGAUUUGGUUCCUCCUUUGGUUCUCCUGCUUGAUUCUCCUGUUGAACAGCCUAGGCAAGCUAAAGAGGGCCCUUAUUUCGUCAACAGGAACAAAAAUCGCCUCACUGAGGGACCUCAAUACUGUAUGCACCUCAGAAGCGCACACACAAACAUGUAGUCUCCGUUUCAUGAACCUCCCAUUACCCCCCCCCCCCCCCCCCCCCCACACCUCCUCUUCUCCCAUCCAUGAUGGUGUGUUUGCGUUUCCCCUUUUAAAACGGAGAAACAGGGAUUUUUAGCUGUCGUGGCGGACUGCUUUCAGAAAAUGACCAAAAAAAAAAAAAAAACUAAACGAAAAAGAAGCAAAAAAAAAUAAAUAAAUAAAAAAAGCAGUGUUCCACUUUAGUGUCUCGAGCCAGCCUAGGAGAUGAAAGCACAGGUGACAGACCGACAGACAGACAGACAGACAAGACAGAAAGACAGACAGACAUAUCCUAUACUCUCAGGCUGGGGCGGGGGGGAAUGCCCUCCUGUCUAAGGUGCCAUGAAGCCGAAACACUGGCAGAACUUUUAUUUUAUUAUUUUCUUUGACGGGGGUUUGUGGAGGGGGGAGGGGGGGGGUUUGAGCUGCACUUUGGUUCACGGGAAGGGGGUGGGGGUGGCGGGGUUGGGAUGGAUCUUUUGUGAGGGUCCCGGUGACCCAAACAAUGCCAGGACGGGUGAAUGCGGAGGGGGGGGGGGUUGGUGGGGGACGGUGCGGAGAGAGUGGACCGCUCUUGAAUAUCAUGACUCACCUGUAGACGCUGGGCAAACCGUCUCAGCACUGAGUUUGGGUCUGAGUGCAGAGCCAGAGAGAGAGAGAGAGCAAGAGAGUAACGAAAAUAUAGAAAAUUACUCAGGCAGCCCGGGGUCAGUGGGUUUCUGCUCUUGUAACUAGACACAUGCAUAUAUUUCCCCUAUGGACAGGACACCCCUGUCCACCCCACUAUAAUUAGCCUGGCCCUGAAUAGAACUCUCCGGUGGUCCACAGGCACCCCAGCAACGCCACCACACGCCUCUAGUGUACAUUCUCCUGGGGUUUCACCAUGCUUCGCAAGCGCCAUUAGUCAGAACUGGUUGGUUUGAAAACAUUUCUUUUAUUUUUGUUUUUAAGUGACGGGCGCACUAGGAUAGAGUAAGGGGAAGGGGGUGACAUUGUUGACAUGAUGCAACACCUUGUUGUGAGUGGACAACGGUGUUUUGGGAGAGAAAUAAUCUAGUGUAGAUUCCUCUGACCCUCCCAAAGAAGUAAAAAAAAAAAGAGAGCGCGAGAGAAGGGAUGUGAAGGGGGAGCUGGAUCUUAAGAUGAGACAGUUAUUCUUAUCUGGAGGAAGACCUUUGCUACUGAACAAGCAUGUUCAGACCAUGUUUCUACAGAGGUCCAAAGCAUAAGGGGUCUUAAUGCAGCUUUUCCUAGGGUAGACAGAUGAAUUAGACCUGCAAUACUGAUGUAAUUCUCCAGGCUUGAUGUGAAACGGUCUCCACUAACACGACUGCCAUUCUAUGCAUGCUGUUCUUGUUGUGCAUUUCUGUACCAUUUCCAAGACAAGACCACAGAAAUGAAAAAAUUGAAUGCGAAACGACAACACGACGAAUACAACGAAACUGUACAGAAAGCAUAGCGGGAUAAUGCCAUUCAUUCCUCAGAAUUACAUUGUUAUUGGCCCGUGUCAUGUUUUUUUUUAUUUUUAUUUUUAUUUGGCUCCCUUAAAAAUAAUGCUGCACACACAGCACCCUCCCAGUCUCAAGUAGCCUGUGUGUGUGUGUGUGGACAGACGCUGACCUGUAGAGACGGGCGUUUCUUUAGUGAGUGUGUGUGUGAGGGCCUACACCCAUUCUCUCCACCUGUCUCUCCUUCACUGCCUGCCUCCCUCUCUCCCUCUGUCCCUCUCUGCUGUUAAGAUCAACUCCAAACACUGUGGUCUGUUCCCCAGGAAAGACUUGAUCAGCUUUAGAUGAGAGUUUGUUUUUUUCAUUACUACAAUCGUCAUGAUAUUUUUUUGUAUACAGAAUUGUACAUUACCUAUAAUAGUAAAUAUACAAUAAUUUUUCUGUUGUUGUUUUUUGAUCAUUAUUAUUUUUUGGAGAUCUUCCUUACAUUAUGGAGAAUUAAAAUGUUUUGUUUUUAA